GCGCCUCCCGGAAGCGUUUUGAGAGACGAGGGCGGCGGCGAAUCCAUGGACGAACCACAUCCUCCUCCAGUGUUGUAUUUGGAUGAAAUGGAAACUGGCAAUGUGUGAAUUUGAUCAUCCAGAGAUCCGAUCAGUUGAGUCUGUGAAUGGCGCCAAAACAGGACCCUAAACCUAAGUUUUCAGAAGGGGAAAGAGUCCUGUGUUUUCAUGGGCCAUUGCUCUACGAGGCAAAGUGUGUGAAGAUCAAUAUCAAGGAAAAGCAGAUCAAGUACUUCAUUCAUUACAGCGGAUGGAACAAAAACUGGGAUGAAUGGGUUCCUGAAAGCAGAGUUCUCAAAUAUGUGGACAGCAACCUUGCAAAACAAAAAGAGCUUCAAAAGGCCAAUCAGGAUCAUUAUGUUGAGGGGAAGAUGAGGGGGGCAGCACCAAGCAAAAAGAUUGCUGCAGUGCAGCAGAAAAAUGUUGAUCUGAAAGCAAAGAAGAGCAAGCAGAAGACCCCUGGGGCAGGAGAGGGCACUAGCACCGGAGAGAUGCCCCAGGGACCGAGGAAGAAGAGGGCUCGGGCAGAUGCCACUGUUGAAAGUGAGGAGAUGUUCACCAACCGUGUGGAGGUGAAGGUGAAGAUCCCAGAGGAGCUAAAACCCUGGCUAGUGGAUGACUGGGACCUCAUCACCCGGCAGAAACAGUUGUUUCACCUACCGGCAAAGAAAAACAUUGAAGCAGUCUUGGAGGACUAUGCAAACUACAAGAAAUCUAAAGGAAACUCGAACGACAACAAGGAGUAUGCGGUGGGCGAGGUGGUUGCAGGGAUCCGGGAGUACUUCAACGUCAUGCUGGGCACCCAACUGCUCUACAAGUUCGAGAGACCCCAAUACGCCGAGAUCCUGGCCGAGCGCCCCGAGACGCCCAUGUCCCAGGUCUACGGAGCGCCCCACCUGCUGCGCCUUUUUGUGCGCAUCGGAGCCAUGCUAGCCUACACGCCGCUGGAUGAGAAAAGCCUGGCUCUUCUGCUGAAUUACCUCCAGGACUUCCUCAAGUACCUGGUGAAGAACUUGUCCACGCUGUUCAGUGCCAGCGACUACGAGGUGGCCCCGCCCGAGUACCACCGCAAGGCUGUGUGAGAGCUUCCCGGGUGCACUACAGUCUCCUGACCUCAGACAGCCCCCACACAGCACACCACGGCCCUCACAAGCCCCCCUGUUCGAGUGGAGCGAACCUCCAGGAUCUUUCUUCUCUCCUCUUUCAAGCACCCUCAUCAGAAGCCUGACGCGUCUCUUAGAAGUAAUGGAAGUCGAGUGGAGAACUCAGCAGCUCGUUAUGUUGUAACAUGGACUCACCCGCGACACACUACUCUUACAUUUUUCUCGGUUCUCUCUUUUUUUCAAACUGGUUUAUUCUCCGUCGCUGAAGGAGAAGACGCGCGUGUGAUAAACCACGGACAUGUUCGUUGACUGUUCUGAUUUUUGAUGUUUUUGUAUGUUCCAUUUUUACAGUGGUCUUUUUAACUUGAUGUCGGAUGUGCAUGUU